AUGUGGUGCGCCAGUAUUGGAGAGGCGCCCAUCGAACUGCGGCUCCACUUUGCCAAGUCCGAGGCCGUGGCGAUGAUCCGGAUUUGGAAUUACAAUGAAUCUCGUGUCCAUGCACAACGCGGGGUUCGUCGGCUGAAUAUGACCCUCGAUGGGGAGAUUAUUUUUAAGGGUGAAAUCAAAUGUGCCUACGAGUCGGAAGAAGAAGCGGAAGGCAUGGGUGAUACGGUCCUCUUCACAACCGACGAGGCAAUCCUCGAAUCCAUCGCCAACAACGACCUCUGUCUCAUCCACGAUUUUGACUUUGCCAAUUCGACGCAAGAUGUUAGGGAACAGAGCGAACAUUCCGACGCGCUGAUGACGUUCACACCGUAUCGGCCGACGACGGGCGAAUCUUUUGGAGAGCCCGCGCGCCGAGCCAAAGUUCUACCCUCGAAAGUACUACACAUCGAGUUGCUGUCAAAUUGGGGAAGCCGGGAUUCGAUCGGGUUGACCGGGCUCGAGAUCCUUGGCCCCAACGCGGAAGUGGUAAAACUUCAAAACGUCCAGAUCAGUGUAUCGAAUGGCUCGCCUGGAAUUGAAAGCCUAAUAAGCGGACGCAAUCUAUCGCGCAGCCCCUCCGAAAUGUGGCUGACACCGUUCGACCCUAGCAAACCGCCGACGAUCACCAUCAACUUCCCGCAACCGCAGGCGAUGACUGGUAUCUCCUUCUGGAACUACAACGCCUCACCGGAAAUGUCGUACGCAGGCGUGCGCGAGGUCCGAAUCCAUGCCAACAGCAAGCCGGUCGUGGGAAAUGCACUUUUAAGGAAAGCCCCAGGCUUCGUCUUCUUCGACUACGUCCAGGAUGUGCCCUUCACGAAGGCGUGGUCCCAGAAGACGGCCGUUCCCCGUCCGCUGACCCAUUCGAUCGAUGGAUUUAUCUUCCAACUGCGGCUGCUCUCGACCUGGGGCGACGAGUUCUACGUGGGGCUCAACGGGAUCGAGCUGUUGGAUAGGAGAGAUCGUCCGUUGAAGCUUCGACCUCACAAUCUCGCCGCUUUCCCCGAGUCCAUCAACAUCCUCCCGAUGGUCGACGGAGAUCCUAGAACUAGUGAAAAUCUCAUAGAUGGGUGCAACGACACCGAGCGGCCCGAACACAUGUGGUUAACCCCGCUUUUACCCAAUCGAGUAGCCCGCAUCUUUAUCAUCUUCGACGAGCCAACAUUUGUCUCCAAAAUCCUCGUCUACAACUAUCGAAAAACGCCCGAGCGUGGUGUACGCCACAUUUCGGUAUCCGUCGACGAUCUGAUCGUCUUUUCCGGUGAAGUACCCCCAUCCACCGGCCAACAAACCGGAAUUCUUGAAGUUGGAAUGCGAGAGGAC